GCAGCUAUUUCAAUGUGAACCCCCAGAACGUGUGAAGAUGUUUCUAUUUAUGGAUUUAAUUUGAUCAUUAUUUAGUGGUUUUAUGUUUUAGAAACAUGGCGUGCUUCUUUAGAAGAAGAAUCGCAGCCAAGCUGGGCAGGACGCUCCAGCAGCCUGAAGAGGUCCUAAUACCAGCUCUGUCUGCUGUUCCAGUGUUUAAGAAACAGCAGAAUCCUGACUUUAAACUAUCAGUCGGUUUGUUACGGAUGAAUGGGAUUUUACCUUCCAGUGGAGACAUUCAGCAGCAGACAGAGAAAUUAGCAACUCAGUUGAAGCAGGACAGUGUGGUAGAGAACAUAUCUGCUGGAAGUGGAGUGGUCAACUUUAGAAUUAACCGCAAACUUCUGAUACAGAAAUUGUUAGAACCAUUUGGAAAAGAAGGUAAUGACAAAUUCGGCUUGAACAGUGAGCUUUUCAACUCCCUCAAGCGUGGAACUACAUUAGUGGAGUACAGCUCUCCAAACAUUGCCAAAAAAUUCCAUGCUGGACACUUACGCUCUACAAUUAUUGGUAACUUCAUUGCCAACCUAAAGCAGGCCCUAGGAUAUGAUGUUAUUCGUAUGAACUACCUCGGAGACUGGGGCAUGCAAUUUGGUUUAUUGGGUGCUGGGUUCAGUCAGUUUGGUUCUCAGGAGAAGCUGAAACAGAAUCCUUUACAACAUUUGUUUGAGGUUUACGUCCAAGUGAACAAAGAAGCAGAGCAAAAUGAGAACAUGCGUCUGGCUGCCAGAGACUUCUUUAGACAGCUGGAACGGCGGGAGAGUGAGGCUGUGUCGUUAUGGCAACAGUUCAGGGAGAUCACAGUGGAAGAAUAUCAACACGUUUAUAAGCGUUUAGGUGUCCAUUUUGACAUCUACUCUGGCGAGUCCUUUCACCAGGAUCGAGCCCAGGAGGUUUUGCAGCAGCUGCAGACUGGAGGCCUGUUGAAAACCACUGAGAAAGGCACUGGAGUAGUGGAUGUCUCUCCUGCUGGAGACAUGAGUAACGUCUGCACAGUUCUCCGAAGUGACGGCACAACUCUCUACAUCACCAGAGAUAUUGCUGCAGCCAUUGACAGAAAAGAAAAAUACUAUUUUGAUGAGAUGAUUUAUGUGACAGAUAAAAGUCAAGCCAACCACUUCCAGCAGUUGUUUCAGAUCCUGCUCAAAAUGGGUCAUCCAUGGGCUGACAGGUGCCUGCAUGUGCCUUUCGGUUUGGUCCAAGGCAUGAAGACCAGGACCGGUGACGUGGUGUUUCUGGAGGACGUUCUGGACGAAGCCCGGGCCAGGAUGCUUCACAACAUGAGCCAGUCCAAAACAACAAAGGAAAUGGACAAUCCUGAGGACACAGCAGAGAAAGUGGGAAUCAGUGCAUUAAUAGUCCAGGACUUUAAGGGCCCCCUGUUCUCAGACUAUAAAUUUGACUGGGACAGGAUCCUGCAGGCUCAGGGCGACACCGGCGUCUUCCUCCAGUACUCACACGCUCGCCUCUGCAGUUUAAUCCGGAGGAAUGAGGAAUUAAAGGGGGCUACGUUUGAUCCAUCUCUCCUCCUUGAGCAGUCGAGCAUUACCAUCGUGCAGCACCUCCUCCGAUACGAUGAGGUGUUGUACCAGUCUGCACAGGAUCUGCAGCCAAAACAUCUCGUCAACUUUUUAUUGAAAUUGUGCCACUUGAUAGCGUCUGCACACAGAGAGCUACCAGUCAAAGGAAGCCCUGAGGAAGUUGCACAGGCAAGGAUACGACUGUUCGCUGGAGCCUGUUCGGUCCUGGCCGGUGGGAUGAGGAUCCUCGGCAUCAUACCGGUCGAAAAAAUGUAAAAUCUGUUAUUUGUAUAAAAAGUAAAUGUUCAUUUCAUCGUUAUUUGUAUCAUGCAAUUUAGACUGUAAAUAGAGCUUUACAUUUUCGAAAUUAAAACGUCUCAUUUCAUUUCAACCUUUUACAGAAGCAUUUGUUUUCCGUACCGUUGUGUUGUUGUUUUUUUCACUCGUACACACAUAAGAUACCUGCAUUUAAAGUUUUAAAUCACCUUGUUUUCUAUUCAGCUAUCAGUAAUAUAAAAGGCCUUUUUUGUGUUGCAGGAAAGAAACCACAUGAUUGUAAAAAUAGUUUUUAAGUCACAGGUGUCAAACAUAUGGCCCAGGGGUUAAAACUGAGCCACAAAAGAAUCCAAUGUGGCCUGUGGGAGGAAUUUGUAAAAUGAAAAAAA